UCUAUGUAGUCAAAUAAAAAUUAGUGCAUCAUUUAAGAAGAUAUACAUUAUAUAACACAAUGAGUAUACAACAAAGCACAGAGCUGAUUAUUUUUGUGACCCAUGUCGAAGCAGAGGAUUCAUUCCUGAAAAUCUGGGGUCAAGUUGAUAAAAAUUCUGCAACAUGUGUAGAACGCAUGAUUUUACCACUGGUUGAACAAUUUGCCAGAAGUCAAGGUUGUGUUGGACCUCAAUCAACCAAUUUACACAUAAAUUCUCUUUGCUGUGCUAGAUUUCAAAAUGAAGGAUAUUAUCGAGCAAAAGUAAUUAAUAUACGUGCUGAUGGUAUGGUAGUUUUACAAUUCAUUGACUAUGGUAAUAUUGAAGUGUUACCGCCUCAAGAAAUACAUUUACUUGAGAAUAUACCUGGUUCGGAAUCUUUGCAAUCGUUUCCACCAGUGGCAUUUGAUUUUACAUUAAUGCAUGUAUUACCUGUAAAUGGGGCUUGGGAAAAUAAAAUAAUUGAAUCGAUUAAAAAGACUUUAUGGUAUAAUGAAUAUAAAAUCUUAAUUCAUACUGUGGGUAAUAAUCAUCGUUUUAUUAAACUUUGGUAUAAUAACGAAGACUUCAGUGAAUUGUUGAUUAAAAAACAUAUGGCGAUUAGAGCAACAUUACAAGAAAUGUUUAGGCCAAAGUGUGUACAACAAUCCCAAGUAUUAAUGUACCAACAACCAAGCAAACGUGUUAUUGGUAAUUGUACUACAAUGACAUCAAUGUCAAAUACAAAUCCACUACAUUGUGAUGGAAAUGAAGUACAUGGAUUUCAACAAAGUGUUCCUUUAUGUUGUGCUGUUCAACAAAAACACAUGAUGCAAACUUCUGUUCAAGAAGCUCUGGUGUUUAAAUCUCGUGUUUUGGAUGUACCAUCAAAACAUGAUGUAUAUGUUUCAUUUGUAGAAGAUGGUCCACAUAAGUUUUCUGUACAACUUCGAAGUACUUCUCAAAUAUUGAGUACACUCAUGAGAGAUAUUAAUAGUCAUCCUAUAGAACCAUUACAGGAACCUCCUUUACCUGGAUCAGUGUGUCUAGGUCGUUACACACAAGAUAAAGUUUUAUGUAGAGCUGUUGUAAUGUCUGUUAUGGAAAAUAAGUGUAAACUUUAUUAUGUGGAUUUUGGGCAUACAGAAGUUUUACCAUAUACAGAUAUUUUCCAAUUACCACCACAUUUCAUUAAUCCUAGAGUACUUUCUAUUAGAUUUACACUAAGUGGAGUACAUGAAUUAAAUGUUACAAAUAAAAUGAAAGAAUAUUUUAAACAAAUAGUAUCAGGAAAACUAUUGGUUUUACAUGUUCGUCCUCCAGAAGGACCACCUUUAGUACAAUAUGGAGAUUUAUAUGAUGAUGGAAAAAAUAUAAAAGACAUUCUUAGACAAGCAUUUCCAACUCCAGUUGUAGUGACAUCUAUAAAUUCAUCUUUUACAUACCAAGAACCAAAAAAUUUACCAAAAGGUGUAGAAGAAAUUGUACAUGUUUCAUUUGUAGAAUCUUGUAGAAAAUUUUUCGUACAAUUGGAAAGUAAUAUUAAGUCUCUUGAAUUAAUAAUGAAUAAUUUAGCAGACUUUUGUAAAACUGCACCAACUUUAAGCCUAACUCAGAUGAAGAUUGGUCUUCCUUGUGCUGCUUUAUAUGAUAAUCAGUGGUAUAGAGCACAGAUCCUGAGUAUAAAUGGAGAUAAUAUAAAAGUUUUAUAUGUUGAUUAUGGUAACGAAGAAACUGUAUCUUUAAUGUCUCUUCGAUUGAUUCAUGAUGACUUGGUUAAAAAAUUACAAGCUCAAGCUAUACAAUGUACUUUAAAUGGUUGGGAACUGUUGCCAUGUACACAAGAAGUUCAUAAUCAGUUUGAGUUAUUGAUUUUAGAGAAACGUUUACGUAUAAGAGUUUUAGACAUAAACUUAGAUGGCACAGUGGUAGAUUUAUAUGAACCAGAUCAAAAUGAGAAUAUUAAAUCUCAGAUGUUGCAUAUAAUUGGAAGUGAAAAAAAAAUAAUAAGUGAGCCAUUAAAUUAUCAAGAUGUGGAGAGUCAACAUUCUCGUAAAAUGAUUUCAAAAAUUAAUGAAAGUGAGAAUACAAAUAAGUGGCAUAAUAAAAAUCAACCAGACUCAUGGCACCGGACACAGAAUAGUAAUAUUAUGCAAGAAAGAAAUAAGUUUAAAGCUUGGAAAGAUGAAUCAAAUGAAGGAAAAAUACACGAAAAUAGGAGUGAAAAAACUAAUUUUCAUCGUAAUGAUUCACGAAGUGAAAGAUAUAAUAGAGAUGACUUUUCCAACAAUAGGAGCACAAAGGAUAAAUGGAAUAAUAGACACGAAUAUAAUGAUUCAUUUAAAAGUGGAAAGGGUACUAGAGGUGGUAGAAGUAGAACAUCAGGGUAUACAUUUAAAAGUCACCCUUCUGAUAAAAGUUGGAGUGAUAAAGAUUCAGAUACAUCAUCUAGAGGUAGUAACAAACGUGGGAGAGGUAGUGCUACUCGUGGUGGUUAUUCCAGACGGGAAGGAAUUUCUGGAAGAAUGCAAAGUAACAAAUUUAAUGAUAAAAAUAGUAAUGGCAGUUUUAAAAGUGGAAGAAUGAAUAGUGACCCUUAUCGUGGUAGUAACAGAUUUAAAGAAAGAAAAGAACAAGGAUAUAGACUUACACAAAAUAAGUUAAACGUCAUUAAUUAUACUUCUGAUGGAGAAGAACGAAAAUAUAAUUCUAUAAAAAAUAAAAGUGAAUUUCAUAUGCCACCUCCGAACAUAACUAUUGGAACUACAAAAACUUGUGAAGUAGUUUUUACAAAUAAUAUCUGUGACUUUUUUGUACAGUUAAGUUCUGAUUAUACUGCCUUAGAUUCUGUAAUGGAAAACAUUGCAUCAAUAUAUGAGAAUGGGGGAGAGUUAGUAAAAGAAUCUGAUGUAUUAUGUGGACUAUACUGCAUUGCUCAAUAUUCAGAAGACCUUAAAUGGUAUAGAGCCAUAAUCAAAUCUAUUGAAAAAAACAGCGCAACCGUACAAUUUGUAGAUUAUGGAAAUACGGAAACAGUUAAUUUUGAUAAAAUUAAAUCUAUACAACAAGAAUUUUUGAAACUUCCUAUACAAGCUGUACAUUGUAAACUAUUUGGUGUAAAAGAUGAGAAUUCUGAUAAAGAUAAAAUAAAAGAGUUUGAAAAUGCAGUUACUGGUAAACCAUUAGAAGCAGAAUUUAUAAGUGAAGAAAAUGGUAUAUACAGCGUCUUAUUAAAAGAUUUUAAUAAUUGUCCAAUAAACACUUUUAUAAAUCAAGAAUUUUGUGAAGAUAUCGAUUUAUUAAAAGCUAAAGAAGAUAUAAUGUCUAACAGGAUAAUUAUUGGUAAUAUGAAACAAUUUAGUGAACCUGAUUAUGUAUCUUUAGAUACUAGAUGGACUACUGUUCUAUAUGCAUCUGAAAUUAAAAAAGAUGUGAUUGUCACAUGGUUUACUAAUCCCAAUAAUUUUUAUUGUCAAAUACUUGAUAAUGAAAAUGAAUUUAGAACUAUGAUGAAUGAAAUUCAAAAGAUUUAUGUUGGCAGAGAACCAGUUUCACACAUAUUACAGGUUGGAUCUCCUGUAAUAGCAAUAUUCUCUGAUGAUGGAGCUCUUUAUCGUGCAGAAAUUAUUGAAUUAAAUAAAUUAAAUGGUCAUCUUAUUCAAUAUAUAGAUUUUGGAAACAGUGCUAUAGUUGAUCCCCAAAAAAUUUAUCCAGUAGAAAAGAAAUUAAUAUGCCUUCCUAAACAAGCUGUUCAGUGUUCUUUGUUAAAUAUUGUUCCAUUGGAUGGUUUUAGUUGGUCUCAAACAAAUACGGAAGUAAUUGAUAAUUGUUUUAAUGCUGACAGCUAUAAGUGUAUUUUUCAUGAUGUGAAAGAUGAUAAAUAUUUAAUAUCGUUAAUUAAUAAUGAAAACAAUGUGGCUAAUAUGUUAGUUGAACAAAAUCUUGCAUCAUUCAAUUCAGAAACUAAAUCAAGUUCUACUGUUGAAGGCAGUAACAUCACAACAUCACCAAUUACAUGUGAUAUAGAACGAGUGGACAUAAAUCUUUUACAUGGUCAGGCACUUAGAGUAAAAGUUUCAAGUGUUGAAAAUACAACAAAAUUCUAUAUUCAACUUCCUUCAGCUACUGAAUGUGAAAAUAUAAUUAAUAUGUACAUGGCUGACAAAAAACCUGAGGUGAUGCAACGAUUAUCGACCCAUGAGAUAUGCCUAGGCACAGGUUGUUUGGUUUAUUCAAACGGAAUUUGGAGGCGAGCGGUAAUCAGUAACCAUUCACAGUCCACAGGCUUUGAUGUAAAAUUCAUUGAUACUGGAGCAUAUGAUGAAAUUCUUUCAGAUAGUGUAUUAGCUUUACCAGGAGAACUUUCAGUAAUGCAGAAUCAGGCAGUUGAAUGUUCUCUUAUAAAUGCUACAUCUAUUUCUGAAACAGAUAUUACAUUAAAAGAACUUAUUGAGGGAAAAGAAAUAAUUAUAUAUGUGGAUGAAAUUGAUAAUAACAGGCUUAUUGUAAAAUUAUUUGAUUUAAAUGGUAAUAAAAUAAAGAUUUCUGAAGAUUCAGAUGAAAAGAUAUCACCAGUAUGUCCAAUGCCUAUUCUAAGUUCUACUCAUAAAGUAACAGUAUCAUAUGCAGAUCAUUCUGGUAGUAUUUGGUUACAACGUAAUACAGAAUAUUCUAUGGACAAAAAUUUAAUGGAAGCACUUGAUCAGUAUUAUUCUACUAAUGGAAAAUUAUUGGAACCAAAAAUGGAUCUUUUAUGCGCUGUUAAAAGUGUAGAUGGCCAUUGGUAUCGAGCUAAGAUCAUAAAAUAUACUGAAACUGGAAUCUAUGUGAAUUUCAUUGAUUAUGGUAAUAAUGAAGAAGUUACUUCUAAUGUAUUAAUGGCUUUAGAUUCAUAUUUUUAUACAACACAUCAGUUGGCUAUUAAUGUAUCGCUAUCAGUAAUGCUUAAUGGUACAGUAUCUGAACAAUUAAAUAUACUACAAAAUUAUUUAUCAAAUAAAAAACUUACUGCAGUUUUUCAUAAUAUAAAUAAGAAAUGGGUAGUGGAAUUAAUAUAUGAUGGAGAAAAAAUUAGUGAUAAAUUCCGGUCUCUUAAUUUAACAUCACAACAAGAAAUAUCUGGAGUGAAGAAACCUCAGAUUCAUAAUAUGAUAGUGGGUUGUAAAUACAAUGUAUAUGUAUCUCACGUAGAUUCACCUAGUCAAUUCUGGCUCCAAUGUGUGGAUGAUGCCACAGACCUUUCUAAUAAACAAAAAGAAUUGCAAGUUCAGGCCCCUACAUUUUCAGAAAUAAAUGGAAUAUUAGAAGAAGGAAGUUUAUGUGUUGCUGUGUACACUAUAGAUAAUUUAUGGUAUAGAGCACAAGUACUUGAUGCUGACGAAGAUAUCACGACUGUUCGAUUUAUCGAUUACGGAAAUACGGAUGUUAUUGACAAUAAAUCUGGAAAUAUUCGACAAAUACCAGAUUCCUGGAAAGAAAUACCAGAAUAUGCAAUUAAAUGCAGAUUAGAUGUUAUUCCUGUAGACUCAGAAGAUUGGAAUGUUAUAACUUCUAAAACAUUUGAAAAUUUAGUAACACCUAUCGAGUCUUUACAAGCUAUGGUAAUAGCAAAUAGUGUCCCAAAACGAAUAGAUUUGUUAAUAAAUGACAUAAGUAUUAGUGAAACAUUAGUUGAAGAACAUCAUGCUGUAAAGGUUCAUACAGAAGAGGAAUUAAUAGAUGAAAUAAUUGAUCUUGAAUUGGAUCCUCAUUCUGCUUUUGUGAGUCACAUUAAUUCCCCAAAUGAGUUUUGGGUUCAAGAAGAAAAAUCUGUUAGUGAUUUGGAAAUUAUGACUGACAGAUUUAUUAUAGCACAUAUGUUUCCUAAAGUUGAUGAAAUUAAAGAAAACUUAUUAUGUGUUGCUAAGUAUCCUGAAGAUGAAUGUUGGUAUAGAGCACGUGUUAUAUCACACAAUAAUAAUGCUACACGAGUCAUAUAUAUUGACUAUGGAAAUUCAGCUACCUCAACUGAAAUACGUGCUAUACCAGCAGAUCUUGCAGAUAUACCUCCUUUAUCAAGAAAAUGUCGCUUAGCUAUGCCAGAAGGUAUUAUGGAAUGGUCUGAAAAGGCUUGUGAAGAAUUCAUAGCAUUAGCAGCUGAUGGAGCAACUAUAUUUUUAUUAGAUGUAAUCAAAGAAGAUGAAACAUCAUUAGUGAAAUUGACAUUAAACGAUAAAAAUGUAACAGACAUACUUGCAAAUUUUUGUAAACAUUACUCGCCAAUCAUAGAGGAACGAUUACCACCUUUGGGUGAAGAAAAUUCACCAAAUGUAUUUAUUAGUCGUGUUAAUUCACCUGAUGAAUUCUGGAUUCAAACUGAAAACAGUAACACAGAUUUAAAUAUGAUGUUAGAUAGAUUACAGGCAGCACCUAGUUUUCUUCCAUUAAGUACAUUUGAAAUUGGAAUUAUUUGUGCUGCAAAUUAUUUAGGAGAUGGUCAGUGGUACAGGGCAAAAAUUCUUUCACAUUCUGAAAAUGGUACUGAAGUUCUAUAUAUAGAUUAUGGCAAUACAGCAAUUACAAAUGAAACCCGAAUGUUACCAGUAGAUAUUAUAAAUAUUCCACCCUUAUCGAAACGUUGUGCUCUGAAAAAACCAGAUACUAUAAAUUGUUGGUCUGCAGAUGCUUGUAAAACGUUUGAAGAUCUUGCUGCAUGUGGAGAAACAAUGUUCCAAUUUGAAAUUCUUGAUGAUACCAGUGAUCCUGUUUAUGUUAAAUUAAGUUUUAAUGGAAGCGAUGUCAUUGAUAUCUUAAUACCAUUUUCUGAAAAUAUAUCUGAAGAUGCUACAAUAAAAGAAGACUUGUGCAAAAAUAAAAAUGAAGACAUUGAUGUAAAUGAAUUUCAAGAAGAUAUUGGGAGACAAAAUCAAGAAAUGAAAGAAAAUGUAAAUGAUUCGCAUGUGAAUAUUAACUCUAUCGUAGAACUUACUGUAGAUGAAAUAGUUCAGAAUAUGAAAAUGGAUGAACCAGAAGGAGAUGAAGAUACAUUUAAUAAUAUAAUAACUACAAAAGUAUCUAAUAAUGAAAUUGAAAUAUGUGAACCAAACAUAAAUAUUCAGUAUCACGAAAGUUCUAAAGAUGGGGACACAUUAAAAUUAGAGAAAUUUGCAGGCAAACAAAUUGGAGAAGCACUAGAAAAAACUGAAACAAGUAAUAUUUCUACAAGUGUUUUAAAAGAUGAGAAUAACAUUUUAACCACUGAUAGAACAGAAAAAUAUGAUACUGAAGACUGUACAAUACAAAACAAUAAUGAAGUAAAUAUUAAUACAAUAGAUUUUAAAGAUUGUUCCAAAAUAAAAGAUAUAAAUGGAAAGAAUGUGUCUUCAGAUUUACAAUUUACAGAAAUAACAAACACUGAAUGUAUGAUUAAUGACCAGCAAGAUAAAGAAUCACUAGUUCAUGUGACAGUUUCUGAAAAGAUUAGUGAUAGCAAUGACAUAGACAAUUCUUUACAGCUCGAGAGUGCUCCUACAACAUCAGAAUAAUUGUACAAAGACUGACUUUGUAUUUGAAUAUUAUUUUUAAAUGUUUCUAAAAUUACAUUUUUAAUAGUUAAUUUAGAAAUGUUUUAUUAUAUGAAUAUCUUGCUUGUAAAAGUAUAAAAAUUCUUAUAA